AUGCUGGUUGAAAGGAUUCUAGGUGGGAUCUUUCUUUCAUCGAUAGAGCCUAUAAACAAUCAAGUGGAUUUCAAGAGAGAGUACGGGAUCACGCACAUUUUAUCAGUACUACCGGGACACAUUGACGAAAUCUAUACUCAAAAUUAUCAACAUAAACAAAUCGAAGUGACAGAUGAAGAAACAACUAACUUGAUACCAUACUUUAAUGAAUGUGAUAAAUUCCUUGAUGAAGCCACAAAGAAUAAGGGGAAAGUGUUGGUUCAUUGCGCAAAUGGAGUCUCUCGCUCAGUGGCAAUUAUUAUAGUGUACUUGAUGAAAUAUUACAAAUUAAAUUUCGAUCAAGCAUUGCAUGCAGUAAAAAGGAAAUGUCCUGAUGCAGGGCCAAACUCAGCGUUCAUUGAUCAGGUGAAGCUAUAUGAGCUGAUGGGUUUCACCAUCGACGAGCAAAAUCCAAAGUACAGAGAUUAUGUAAGGAACCUAUCACUAAAGCAAGAUCCAUCUGGUGGCAACUUGAGAGACAUCACAAUGAGGAAAGUCAUUGCAGACACCGGUUCUACUCCUCCAUCAUAUGAUCUACGUUGUAAACGUUGUCGGCGGGUUCUCGCUCAUAAUACCGACGUUGAAGAUCAUCAAGCACCAACCUCCGAUUCACGACAAUCACAAUUCAUCAAAACCGCUCCAAAUUCACGAAGAAUAGUAUCAGUUCAACCAGCAAGUAAGCUGUGCUCUCAUUACUUCUUUUCCGAACCAGUUGGUUGGAUGAGAGAAGAGCUAGAGAAAUCUGAGAUUGAAGGAAAAUUCCAAUGCCCUAAAUGUUGUUCAAAAGUUGGAGGCUACAGUUGGAAAGGUUCGCGUUGUUCCUGUGGAAAAUGGAUGGUUCCUGCCAUACAUUUACAAGAUGCAAAAGUAGAUUCUAUAAAACACUAG